AUGCCCGUGCUCCCUGUUCGGCGGGAUGAGCGGCGAGAGCCGCGGAGGGCCGAGACCGAUAGGGAUAGGGAUAGGGAUAGGGAUGUGGCGCGGGAUGCAAGGCCAAGAGAACAGCGGCGGGAACCGGCGCGGGGAGCAAGGAGAGAAGUCCGAGACCAGCGAGACGCCGCACUCCGAGACCGCCGCGAGUCGAGGGAAGCCCAGCUCCGACGGCCAUCUGGCGCACACCGGUUCUCCCGCUCCGGUUCAGAGGCGAGGGAUACGCCGCGUCGAUCGGGCAACUCGAUCGAGUUCAUCCAACCCCGCCAGCGCAGGAGCACCGCCUCGCCGACGACAAACUCGCACCCGCCGCCCGCCGCCCACUCGUGCUCCGAGCACACCGGCGACCCCUGCUGCCCCGGCCGAGACCCCCGUAUCGCCUACGACGCCGAACACCCCCAGCGGUGCGCCGCCUACAGCGCUCCGAACCCCGCCUCCACUCCCGCCUCGGGUUCGGGCUCUGCCUCGCCGCGCUCCUCCGCCUCCGAAAGCCCCGUCACCCCCGUGACCCCCGUCAUGGCGCGCGCCCCUUCCCCACCCGCAUACGCGACGCUGGACCCGCGCGCCGUCACGCGCUCCCCGCCGACGACCUCGCUGAACCGCACAAUGGGCGACCUGAUGAGCGACAUUGUGCCCGUCGCUGGGUCUGGUGCGGGGCUGGGCCUGGGCUCGCCGAGCGGGUACGCGUACGGGGGCGAGAGCGUGUGUGUGCCCGCUGCCAUCUCGCCGCUGGGCGAGGACAUGGUGAUCCCCGCCAGCGAGCGGUAUGGCGAGCGAUACGCUGCCCUGGCGGGCAACGCACACGCCGCAGCGACGGGCAAUGGGGGCAGGAUUAAGAAUCUCAUGAAGCGGUGGAGCGGGGGCAAUAGGCGUAUGGCGGCGGCGUGA